AUUAGUUAGAGCCAGCCGAAACCAGCUGCUGCUGCUGCUCUGAAAUUGAAAUGGCUUCUGCUGCUGCUUCGGCUUCAAGCACUGGGUGCUUAGUUCGGUCACGCCUCCCACUCGGCAAAUGUCAGCAUCAUCGUAAUAACGGGAUUGUACUGCUUCCCCAGUUACCCAAACCCCUCAUCUCUCUUUCUUCUUCCAAAGCUGCAAUUGCAACUGCAACUGCAACUGCAACUGCAAGUGAGAGGAAGGAGCGUUCCUCUUUUGCUCAAACUGCGGCUGUUCGGCAUCUCGUGGGUUCCGUUACCACAGCUCACGGCCUUCGUUUCGCAGUGGUUGUAGCACGGUUUAAUGAGAUUAUCACAAAGCCACUGCUAGAGGGAGCCUUAACUACUUUCAACAAUUAUUCUGUUCAAGAAGAGGACAUUGAUGUGGUAUGGGUUCCUGGUAGCUUUGAAAUUGGUGUAGUUGCACAGAGGCUUGGAAGUUCGGGGAGAUAUCAUGCAGUUUUAUGCAUUGGAGCUGUGAUAAGAGGUGAUACAACCCACUAUGAUGCUGUUGCUAAUUCAGCUGCAUCCGGAGUGCUUUCAGCUGGUUUAAAAUCAGGUGUUCCAUGCAUAUUCGGUGUCUUAACUUGUGAUAAUAUGGAGCAGGCUUUAAAUCGAGCUGGUGGUAAAUCUGGAAAUAAGGGUGCAGAGACUGCCUUGACAGCUAUUGAGAUGGCAUCUUUGUUUGUGCACCAAUUGAAGUAAAGUACUGUUACUCUGAGGAGAGAGGCAGAUAAUUUUUUAUUUGACCAGCAUUUUCUCUGAUCGAUGUGCUUGGUCUUGCUGUUCCGUUUUUGAACUGCUAGAAAAUGUGUGGGGGAUGAUCAGACAUGGUAGCCAUAUUGUCCGAAACUUACCUUGGCUAUCUGUUGAUUACUAAAGCCCUGCCAAAUGAAUCUUAAUGCUGAAGCUGAAAAGAAACAAAAAGUGAGUAUAAAGAGUUUUGAAUAAAGUGUUUCUCUCUUGCUUCGCACAUGUGAUUUUGUGUUUCUAUUUCACCCGUGGGAUGUGUUAUCUCCACUUGAACUGUAUUGAUGGCA